AUGCAAGAUGGUAUUAUUUACCGCAGCAGCCGCGUUGUAAUUCCCAAAGCUCUUCGACCAGAAAUGCUACGCCGCACUCAUUUCAGCCACUUAGGAAUUGAGGCCUGUCUACGGAAAGCUAGGGAUUCGCUGUAUUGGCCUCUCAUGAAUGAAGAGAUUAAGGACUUUGUCAGCAAGUGUAGCACGUGCAGCACAUUUCAACGGAAACAACAGAAAGAACCGUUAAUGACACAUGAUGUCCCAGACCAGCCAUGGUCAAAACUUGGAAUUGACAUCUUUACUCUAAAGACUGAGGAUUACCUUGUCACAGUUGAUUUUUACUCAGAUUUCUUUGAGCUCGACCUUCUUCCAGAUACCACGGCAGCCACACAUGUAACCUCCUCCCCGUAUUAUAGUCAGUCAAACGGGAAAGCAGAAGCAACGGUGAAAAUCGCAAAGAACAUGGUGCGCAAGGCUAAGAAGAACGGAGAUGAUCUGUGGAAAUGCGUCUUAGAUUAA